AGGUGAUGGAGGCUUGCAUUGAAGGCUUUCAUUCCUCAUUCUUCCGACCAUUUUCAACACCAUCUGUAAAAAAUCGCCUUCUCGGGUAGGCUUGUUGAAAUUCCAAAAGCUUUGAUCUUCACCGAUAAGGUUCAUCAUCACAUUCGUUUGGCAUCUACGUCAGGGAAUGCUUGAGCUCCUCGUGUGUGUGUGUGAGAGUGUGUCGAUCACGGCAUUUCCAUGAGAAUGAGCGAGCUCAGAAUGAGUUGAGCACCGAAUCCAGAUCCCACACGCAAAAGUCGUCGACAAGUGUAGGCACAAUUUGUCACUUCUUGUGGGAGAUGGUCGUCGCGGCUUCUGCGGCAGAUUUACAGACGGCGCAACGAUUCCCAUCCAUCCAGUCGACAUUGUACAGUGUGAUCCUCGUCAGAAGCAUCGAUCCAUCAGCGCACAUCUCAUCAUGGCUACUACGUGUACGUCAUACGUCGAUACGUCACCUUAUCCGGUGAUGGCAAAUGAGCAUCCAGUUCCGAGCUUUUGUUUUUCAUGGCAAGUUGCAGACGCCACUCGCUCGCUUUUGCUGAUCACUCUUUCCAAGUCAAGGUUUCCCUCGCGUCGCCUCUUUCUGCACAUCGUCCCUUCGGUGCUCGUUAGCUUCCGCGAGUACAUGUCAUCUCUUCGUGCCAUCCGUCAUUCAUAUCGUGGUUUCUGAUUAAAAGUGGACGCAGUCGUUAGAGGAUUCGCAGAUACAUCGAGGCAGUUAUAAAGCUCAAAUCAUGGCCACAAAGUUGUCGACGAUGUAUCUUUUCCCCACUCCUUCUGCACUGUGUUUCGUCAUCUGCCUUCAUUUAGACAUGGCACAAUGUUUAGUCCACAUUUAUUCUCGACUUCAAUCUGUCGGUUGCUCGCUUUUAGCCACGAGAGUAGCACAUCGUGGCUGCGCCACAUGGCUAUAUGUCACAAAAAUUCCAUGCUGAUGUAUCUCGUGGCAAAUGCUGAGAUGUUAAUUAGUGUGUUUUAAAACGCACACGUCCUUCACUAUGAUUUGUACUCUCAUGCAUCAUGCACGUUUUAAUCGAUCGAUACUUCAGAUAUGGUUCUUUGGAGCUAAUCGAAUCGAUAAAAUGGGAAUUUCUUAACCUCUAAUUUGGCUACGGUCGAUGUGUGGAUUCGGGGGCUUAUCUGUGAGUAGAAGGUAUGGUAUGUACACAAGUACGUACAGUACGUGCCCGUCGGAUUUGGUUGUAUCUGAUACAUAUCCCAUGCUUGCAAAGGAAGUAGGGAGCCCAUGGUCCUCGCACGCUUUGAAUGGCCGCCGUUCUUCGAGGUUGCAGAGCUUGGAACAACAAAUUGGUUUGUUUACUGCUACCCUGAGUCACUCAUUCAUUCAUUCCAUGUACCAAAAAGUCAAGAAAGUUGGGAGUGAUGUCUUCGAUGAGCCGGCUUCUGGCAACCACUGCACGAGGUUACAUGCAACAACGAGUCCGUCGUGAGGCGUGAGGCUCAUGGCGAAGGCUUUUGCAUCUCACAAUGUGCCGUCCUAGAGUCUACUGCUCGGUCCUACAUCUGAAUCGGGCAUCAAGAAUUGGAGAAGACUAUCUGCACCUCCUGGCCUCACACUGCAUCAAGAGCUGUGCAGAGAUUGACAUCGUCACAGCCAAAUCCAUAUCCUCGGCCCAUUAUAAUACUCAUGUAUAACAUCACCCUCAGAGGAUGCGCCGCAAAAGAUUCUGAACCCGCCUCCCAUUCGUUCGGUCUCCUUCUCACCAACCAGAAUCGGGGUCCUCGGGCGGAUGGAACGUGUGUCCAAUGCGCCCAUCACAGGCUCGGAGAGAAGAACAGAGCACUGUGUCCCGGGCAGCAGUGCUGUGCACCUGUACAUAGAGUGCAGAUCUGUCCCAAAAUCCUGAGGCUUCGGUAAUAGUUCUGGUCCGCAUGCAGUCCCGACUGAGGCCAACUCGCACACUGUCGUGUUGGUGGUACGCGGGGAAGGCGUGCACAAUUUCCAGCACCGAAGUGGAAUGUGUGUUGCCUUCGUGACCGAGUUGGAGUCGAUGGGGUGCAAUUUGCUGCCUGCUGUUCAACUCCCAGCGCUUCGAGUCGUCCGAUCCGCUCAUCGAAGACUACAGUCACGCUGUCUCUGCGAUUUCACCUCCCACCACGCCGCUGCACAGUCAGAGGCAAUAGAGCCGUCGAGACCGUGAGGAACAAGAGGAUUGAUUCCCUUUGUAAGUACUUGUGAAUCACAGCGAUCCCCAGCUAUGGCGCUACGCUAUUUGAUCGUCCUCGUCAGGAGGGCUUAUUGAUUUUAUAAAGCUCUGCCCGUAUGCUGAGUAGUGAUUGUGGAACAGAUCACGCCUUGCUGCUCUGGGGCUUUGGGUACUGGCAUCGGUCCCCGAAGGUGGGAUCUGCUUGCGAAGCUGUAGCUCGGUGACGAAGGCGUUGAUUUGUCCCGUUUUUACAUGUAAACUCGCGUAGAGCUCGGAUUUCGUUCGAAAACAUGACAUCAAGUGGAGUCAGUGACAUGCGGGACUGUAAGUAAAUUAAAGAGGAGACUGUGUCAAAAUCGACUGGCAACCAGAAAAGAUAUUUGCUGGUGGAUUGUGGAGAAAUCGAUGCGGGUUGACGGUUCUAGUCCUGCGUUUCCAUCGGAGGAUAAGAACAUACGAUCUUGGAUUCUGUGCCUGGAUGUGGCCUGCACUGCAGAUGAACAAUUUUCUUGCAAACAGUAUUCUGUGAAACGAGAAGAAGGAACUCUAGGAUUCCUUGCCAGAUCCUGUCUGACGGUUUGUGAGCGGUAGCUUAUGGCACUGUGCUCGCGUUGAUUUUUAAAUUCUGGUUUUAUUGCUGUCGGUUGUACUUCGAGCUCACCUUGAGAUCUGCUUCUGCGCUGUUUCUUGUUCCGGUAAUGUGUUCUCUCUCGGUGUACUUCGACAUUGUCUCGUACAAAUGCGACUCUUUGGGAGCACCGUGCUUCACCACACUUUCAACUUCUCUGACGUGUUCCGUCUUUAAGCUAGGCACGCAAAAAUAUAUCUUCCUAUGAAAGCAUCAGCGACUGCAUUGCUCCACUCGUCACAAUUGAUGUUCGUCAGAACAGUGGAACGAGGGGCCAAGAAGAUAACAAUGCGUGCGAAGGUUCCACCCCAUGUUUUCAUAUACUGGACGGGAAGCAGACGCCAAUGAAAUCAGUGGGAAAAUUGUCUCACAGCACCUACAAUAUAAGAUAUAAAAACAAUCGGCAACUCACUGAACUUUGCUUCAGUCGACCCCGUGCAGUUAUCAGCUUCGCCUUGCCUGCAUCUAGUAGAAAAAGCUGAGAGUCGUUGUUAACGAUGAUGAAUGUCAUAAAAGAUGCUCACACUGACGGGCCUCCCCUCAUUUUUCACAGGAUUUGGCAAUACGAAGAGACGACAUGUUAACAUCUGUAAUG